AUGAGCGAUAAAUUGGCAGCACUCUCCGGUAUUGCUGCAUUGAUGAAGAAGAAGACCGGGGAUAUGUAUGCCGCUGGUUUAUGGAAGGCGUCAUUACCUUUUGACCUAUUGUGGAGAUGCGAUCAGACUGGUGAUUUGAAGACCAAGAAGGAACGCUUGCCAUCCUGGUCCUGGAUAUCAGUUGAUGGCGCUGUCAAAUGGCCAGUUUCGCAAGAACCGGAUCCAGCACAACCGCUCCAAUACGUGACAUCUACAACAUAUUUCGAAUGUGGAGCCCUCGGUACCGAAGUCUGUAAGAUUGUAUGUGAAAUAGCUGGCCAAAAUGAGUUCGGACCGGUAGCUUCUGGGAGAAUAGUCCUGAGAACGAAAUUGAUCGACGCCACAAUUCAAUGUCUUUCUGAAAAUGAUUGGUAUGACAUGUACGAAACUCAAUUGGCGGUCAAAGUCGAAAAUCUGGACCUGGCGCCGUUCUGGCCUGACAUCAGCAUGACUGGCCCACGAGUGAGUGGAAAAAAUGGAGUGGCAACCGAGUCAUUCUUUUUGAUGCAGAUCAUGGAGCCUGGAGAAGCACUCUGGACUUGGGAAGAAGCUUUGGUCGUGAAACAAAUGAACGGAACAACGGAUGAGUUUGAGCGGGUCGGUGUCGCAGCUAAUGUUUUCACAGUCACCAGAAACGAGUGGAUAACUUCAAGCAGCUGGUUCGGAAAUGUUAUUGAUGCUCGUGAGGUGGUACUGGUGUAG